AUGUGCAACCGCAGCAGAAGCAACAGCAACAGCAGCAACAGCAGCAACAACAGCAGCAGCAACAGCAACAGCAACAGCAGCAGCAACAGCAGCAGCAACACCAGCAGCAGCAUCACCAGCAGCACCAGCAGCAUCACCAGCAGCAUCAUCAGCAGCAGCAGCAUCACCAGCAGCAGCAGCACCACCACCACCACCAGCAACAGCAGCAUCACCAGCAGCAGCAGCAGCAGCACCACCACCACCACCAGCAUCAGCAGCAUCAGCAGCAGCAGCACCACCACCACCACCACCAGCAUCAGCAUCAGCAGCAUCAGCAGCAUCAGCAGCAUCAGCAGCAGCAGCAGCAGCAGCAGCAGCAGCAGCGGGAGCAGCAGUAUAAAAUUACAGCAUCAAAAGAAAGAUGUCUAA